UUAUACCUUUAGUGCCAUAUCUAGACACACAGGAAGACGGCGGUCGGUCGUCGUCGUCGCGCGCUGUGUGGUGUUGUUUAAUAAAUAAUGAAAGCUACUUACUGCCGCCGUCGUCGUCUUCACCGCCAAACUUGCUGCUGCUUACUUUUGGAAUCUAAUCUCCGCUCAAGAUACCCGCAAUCGCUGUCAAGUGCAGCAGCAGCAGUUGGUGCGGCAAGUCCAAGUCCGUCCACGGCCUGACCUUGGGUGGAUGAAGAAGUGCUGCCACUCAGCGCUGGCUAAUCGUGGAUGAGACGAGACGAGUGUGUGCAACGCUUUCCCAACGAGACCACUUCGUAGAGUUGGUGUAGAGUGCCUUUCGACCAGUUAAGGAGAUCGCGGGGUUUGUUGUUUAUUAUCCGGCUUGGCUGGUCGUGCAAGAGUUGUUUUCGUACGUUGCGUCGAGUGGCGCGAUCAACUUUGAAUCAACUUGAUUCCAAUGUCGACGUUCUUCACCACCAACCGGCAUGGUUACAGCGUGCGGUUCUCGCCCUUCAACCCGGACCAGUUUGUGGUGGCGUCGAGCCAGUUCUACGGGCUGGCCGGCGGUGGCACGCUGUACUUCCUGGAGCUGGACGGUAGCGGUACGAUCGUGGAGAAGCGCACCCACCACUGGACGGACGGUCUGUUUGACGUGACCUGGUCCGAGUCGAACCAGGAGAUCGUGGUGUCCGGAUCGGGUGACGGCAGUGUCCAGCUGUGGAACACCGCCCUGAGCGCCAACAACGGUCCGCCGCAGAUGGUGUACCGCGAGCACAAGAAGGAGAUCUACAGCGUCGACUGGAGCAAGGUCCCGUACGAGCAGCUGUUUAUCAGCGCCAGCUGGGACAGCACCGUCAAAAUCUGGGACCCCAUCCGGAACCACUCGCUGAGCACGUACAUCGGUCACACCCAGCUGGUGUACAACGCGGUAUUUGCGGCGCACAUCCCGAACACGUUUGCCAGCGUUAGCGGCGAUGGAAUGCUCAAGAUUUGGGACAUUCUGUGCUACGAUCUGCCGAUUGCCAGCAUUAAGGCGCACGAGGGAGAGGUUCUGACCGUUGAUUGGUGCAAGCAUGACUCGAAUGUGCUAGCUACGGGCGCUUCGGACGGGUUGAUCCGGGUUUGGGACCUGCGCAACUUUGGCAUCCCGCUGGCGGAGCUCAAGGGAAACGAGUUUGCGGUGCGAAAAGUACAAUUUUCGCCCCACAGCCCAUCGGUGCUGGCCAGCGUUGGGUACGACUUCACUACGCGCAUCUGGGACUUUAAGAAGAGCAACGAGGCCCUCGAGACGAUCAAGCACCACUCGGAGUUCACCUACGGGUUGGACUGGAACCGGCGGCGCCAGAACCAGCUGGCCGAUUGCGGCUGGGACUCGCUCGUGCACGUAUUCAAGCCGGACUGUCUGGCGGACAAGAUUUAAGAAAUCUGGGCCGCAAGUUGGCAUUUGAAAGCAGCAACCAAAAAUGCAGAAACAAACUAUCCAGAUGUUUUAUUUGUACUCUGUAAAAGCGCGUGCGGGAGGGAGAAACGGGAAGUGGAUUUUAAAGAAAUUUAAAGAAAACUCAAAAGUCUAGAAAGGGGAAAAAAUAAGAAAAACCAAAUUGUGAUUUAGGAAGUAAGUAGUCUAAAACAGAACAAUUGGACAAAAACUAUUUUAGAAGCAAAGCACAUUAUCCUGGUGAGAUAGCGAGAAUAAAAAAGAGGUUUUGUAUAUCAUAAACAAUUGGCUAAUGUAAUAUGAACAAAUUUGAAGUAAACCGUAAAACAAAACAAAAACAAAUAUGGAUGUAUAUUGGUGUAGCGCUAAAUUUAAAACCCGUUCGUUAGGUUAAUGCAUGGGCAAAGGGGCAAGAAUUGAGGCAGAACGCGCGUUAAAGCGUUAGUUUAUAUUAAACUGUAAGCUCAUUGUUUUGAUCAUUGUAAUUUAUGUACUUCUAACUAUUAGUUCGCGAAAGCAUGGUUCGGAGAGUUAUGCAAGCUAUGAUUUCCUAGCAGUUCAGUUCAGGUCAUGGUGUCUUGUCAGUUUAGUGCAAAAAUUGGAAAUAAAAUUAAAUAUUUUAUACGUUUUGA